GCGAUACUUCAGGAGAAAUGAAGUUCUACUUUUGGCAUUCUGCAUUUCUUAGAUGGUUGUUGGUAAGUGUUCUUCCAAUCACUAUCUUGCAACGUAAAAGCAACCAAUAAUAAUGCUGCCUGUCGCGCUGAGUUACUUCAGCAUUUUGUGUCUAUAAUCAGAAAGAUAGGUUUGGUGUCAACAUGCUUGGUGUAAAUCAAAGAUAAAUGGUCUGUCUUACAGUUCUUGUCUUCAGUGGGCAAUGUUUAUCUCAGCAUAUUAAACCCAUUCAGUUGUAAUUUUGCUUCCCCGUGUAUAUUAUAUAUUGAAUUCUCACCGUUUUACCGACUUGGUGUUUUUCUCUGCAAUUCAAAUGUGAUGCAUUCGCUUGCCGAUGAAAUCAAGGCUUUUUCAAAGACGUCGCUGAGGAAACAGAGCACAAGAGUAACCACUAUAACUGGAAGAAGACUCAUCGAAACACUGAGAGACGCUCGAGUCCAGAUCGUAGAAGAUGCACAACAAACGGAUGGAGCCUGCGGGUAUGUCCAGGACACCAGUCUUGAUCUGCAAGUCGGUGUUAUUGAACCUUGGGUUUUGUUGGCUUCACAAGAUGUGGCCCAUGAUUAUGAGAAAUUAAAAGAUCAUAAGAUUUCUCACAUCCUGAAUGUUGGCUAUGGAAUAGAAAAUAUCUUUCCCCGUGAGUUUGAUUAUAAAAACAUUAAUAUAUUGGACCUCCCUAACACUGCCAUCACCUCGUACUUUCAAGAAUGUUUUGACUUUAUUGACCAAGCAAGAACGCAGAAUGGAGUGGUGUUGGUUCACUGCAAUGCUGGAGUGUCACGCUCAGCAUCCAUAGUGAUAGGCUAUCUCAUGCAGCUACACGGACUCGACUUCAAAGAUGCUUUCUCAGUCGUGAAGAAUGCAAGGCAAGUUAUCAGUCCCAACCCUGGAUUUGUGGAGCAAUUAAAGAAUUACCAGCCAAAGAAAUGAAUAAUGGCUCUGAAUAACAAGGAUUGAAUUUCGUGAGUGCUAUGCCGUUAAUGUGAUUACACAUUUUAAAUCCGAUAAUGUCGUUUUUAUUGUGAAUGUUUCCAAUAUUAAUAUUGUGUAAAUAUUUAAAAGAAAAUAAUUGUAAUUGUGGUUUGUACGUUGAUAAUUUGCAAAUUACAAAAAACUAAAUGUGUGUAUUGUGCUCAGUUAAAGGAAGCUGCAUUGUUUUAUAAAAUGAGCAAGACUGUAUAUUCAGUUUAUUGAUAUAAAUCAAAAUACUAUGUAGAAAUCUAUUUGCGUCAUUUUGGAUCAAUAAAUCAAACUAUUUGUAUUUGUAAAACCAUGUUUACUUGAUGUGCAAUGGUUAAUAUUUAUGAUAACAGAUAUUCUACAGGUGAAACGCAUAAAAAAAAGAAUAUUUUGUUGGUGCUAAGAAAUUGUAUACAAUUAGUUUUAAAGUAGAAAUGGUUAAAGAAGGAAUUUUUGUUCCAAUCUAUUUACCUGCCAUUAUAAAUCACUAAUGAUAAAAUAUUUGAUUUUAAAGGCAGGUUCCACCUAGUAUUUCAGCAUAUUUGUUUGCCAUUGUUUCCCUAAUGGAUUCAAAAUCCUCAUAUACCAGGAAAAUUUAAACUUUGCAAAAAAAAAACCAUUCAAAUUUAAUUCUCUUUAAUGAAUAUACCCUGGAGCAUUUUGAUUAAAAUGUACAAAAAUGCAAUUAAAUUAUCAUUGUGUAAGCAAUAAAAUAUCGGGUUAUUAAAUUUAGUUUAAGGUGUCCUUUUCGGUUGUUAGAACCUCCCUACUAGGGAUAUAUUUUUCUUCAAAAGCAGUUCUUUGGUGCGGCAAAUAUCGCAAGUGUAAAUAAUCUCGACGAUCAAGUAAUCAAAUCUACAGCUCUUUCUAAUUUUCACCAGAUUCAUAACAAAAGUACCUUCCUAACAAUAACAUCCCAACUCAGUCCACACAAUACAUUAUAACUGCUGUAGAUGUCGGUUCCGAGGAGUGGGAAAUGCAAAAGGUUGGUUGCAGGAGGCACUCCCGGGACUCGAGGAUGUCCGGGCAAGGAGUGGGGCGUCGGUCCGUGUGCUGAUCCGAUCAAAGAAGGAGGAAACCCUGCAGGAGCCUGGGGCUUACCUGGAUUGUGAAUUAUUUCAGUAGACCGAGUGUGAAGGUGGACCAGACUACAGAAAUGGUGCAAAAACAUGGCGACACGUGCAUGUGUAAAUAUGCUAAAAAAAAAUCACUGCGCUGUUGCAUAUAUGGCAUACAAAGCACCAUUCAAGAUCUGUUAACAGUAAUCACUAACAGACUAUAGAUAUUUUAUAUCUCCUAGAGCACGGAGUUCUGGAAGUAGCGAGCAUAGGGUUUAAAGUGAGAGAGGAGAAAUUUGAAGGAGACCCGAGGCAUCGGUUUUUCACACAGGGAGUGGUGGUGAGCUGCUAGAGGAAGUGGCGGAGGCAGGUAUGAUACUAUGUUUAAAGGCAUUUGGACAUGUACUUAGACAGGAAAGGAGAGAGGGAUCCUGGCCUAAUGCAGUCAAAUGGAAUUAGUGUAGAUACGCAUCAUGGUAGGCAUGGGUAAGAAACAUAGAAAAUAGGUGCAGGAGUAGGCCAUUCGGCCCUUCGA